AUGGCAAAUAUUUCAAGGGUUGUGGAGCUAUCUCCUCAGAGGGACGAUUGGAUCAUAAGAGUGAAGGUCUUGAAGAAAUGGACCGAGAUGAUAGAUGGUGGUGGAGAAAUAUUGCGUUUUCAGUUAGUUGAUGAACAUGAUGGAAAAAUACCUGCUAAAGUUAGUGACGAGGAUGGCCUAUAUGACCAUUUCGACAUGAAUGUGCACGAGGGCCACUGGAAACUAAUCUCCGGAUUCGUCGUCGAGCUAACACCACCUGAGGAACUUUUCUCCGAGAAUCAACAUACAAUCGUCUUCACCGACAAUACAGACCUGCAUGCAGCAAGUGGUAUUCAUCAAGAGCACUAUAUGAAUUUCAAGGACUACACAGACAUAAAGAAUUGGGUGUACAACUCUCAUCAUCCUCUUGACCUUAUAGGCUAUCUGGAUGGAGUUGAUGAGCUUAAAGUUGUCAAAGACCAGAACUUUACACUAGAUAAUAACAAGAAGACAUCCAGAGUUAUGUUCACCAUCAAGGGCUUAGAUGGAGUAACAAUGGAAUGCAAAGCUUAUGGAGUCUUGGCUGUUCAAAUACAUGAUAAAUGGUGGAAGCAUGGUUCAACAGAAACAUUCAUUACAAUGAGUGACUGGAUGGUUUACCAAGAACAAAGAACCGGAGAGCUGAAGAUUAAGGACGCUGGAGGAAUUUCUAGAUUUCAGUUCAAUGCUAACUAUCAGGAUGUUCUUGACUUCAGCGCUGAAUAUUUCCAUGACAGUGAUGGUUCCGUUGAGGAGGUGGUUGUUUUAUCUCCAUGA